AUGUUUCAGGCACAACUGACGGCUUCGGCUAGGGCUUCAUCAGUUGUGACUACGGCAUCAUUGAUGGUACCAGAGAAGUCGACUUUAGUGAUUGCUCUAGUUGUGGCUCCGUCAAAGGGGAAGCAUUACAGAGGAGUAAGACAACAGCCAUGGGGGAAAUUUGCGGCGGAGAUCAGAGAUCCAGGAAAGAACGGUGCUAGAGUUUGGCUUGGUACGUUUGAGACGGCUAAGGAUGCUGCAUUGACUUACGAUCGUGCUGCUUAUAGGAUGCGUGGAUCUAGAGCUCUGCUAAAUUUUCCGCUUCUGCUCAGCUCAAUCGAGAGUGGACCGAGAUGCACAAACAGCUGUGGCUAG